AUGUCAUUCCGAACCCCAAUCUCCAAGUGCACGACUACGAUCCCUGGCCUGGGCAGGCUGGAUGGUCUACAAUUCGCCAACGGCGUGCAGCAAUUCAGCGGUAUUCCUUACGCUGAUCUCGCCAAAAGAUGGACACGAUCUAUUCUCAAAACUUCCUGGGAGGGCCAAUUCCAUGAUGGGACCAAACAAGGGAGUAAUUGCCCAAAUCCCAUCACUCCAGGUGACGAUUCCGACGAACUUGUGCCCGUGCCUCCAGCACCACACUUCACCGAAUGGAAUGUAGACGAACUUUCCGCCCUGGUGCUAAACAUCGUCAUUCCACAAGCGUUUCAACCCACCACCACCGACAAAAUAAAACCCCUGCCAGUCUUCGUCUAUGUCCACGGAGGCUCUCUCCUCUACGGCGGCGCCAACCACCCCAUCUUCGACGCAGUAAACCUAGUCUCCCACAGCAUCACAAUCGGUCAACCAAUAAUCUGCAUAAACUUCAACUACCGAGUCGGACUAGGUGGAUUUCUCGCUGGCUCCGCAAUAGCUUCCUCCCUCGCUCAAGAAGGACACGCAGGAAGCGGUAAUUUCGGUCUAACUGACCAACAAACCGCCUUCUCAUGGGUGCAAAAGUACAUCGGGCAUUUCGGCGGCGAUGCAUCGAACGUCACCGCAGUGGGCGAAUCAGCCGGUGGAAUAUCAAUCAGCAACCAACUUCUUGCGGCGAGGCCACCCAUCUUCCAUCGCGCGGUUUGUAUGUCGGGCUUGGCGGUUUCUAUUCCUCCGUGGACGAUUGCUCAGCAUGAUCGGUUGUUCGAGGCUGUUUGUGCGCAUUUCUUGAUCGAUUCGGGUAGUGAUGGUGUGAUGGAUAAACUCCGCGCUAUUCCACAGCAAGAUCUUGCGAAUGCAACACCGCUUGUUCAGGGUGUGCCAUCCGGCACGGGUAAUCCUUGUAUAGAUGGGUGGUUCUAUCCCGAGGAUCUUGAUCAUAGCGACGUUCAUGCGCCGCCGGUGUGGUUGGAUAGCUUGAUGGUUGGGGAUACGUACCACGAGGGAAUUAUCUUCCAUCUCAAUCUACUUGAAGGAGAAGAAGAUUUUGCCUCUGUUCGCAGGAUUCUUCUGUCUCAUAUUCAGGAUGAGGGUGUGACGGAUCUUUUUCUCCGAGAAUAUGAAAUCACCGAUGAUCUUUCGCCGGCUGAAUUUUUGGUCAGGGUCGAACAUAUGUGUGGUGAUGCUAUUUUUAAGAUUCCGAAUUACAUUCUCACGGAGAUUUGUGUGGAGGGAAAGUCUGAAGUUCAAGAGAGCUUUUACUCGUAUCACUUCGAUCAGAGGUCUCGCAUUAAGAACUCGUUUGAGGAUACAGCGUAUCAUGCUCACGAACUGUUGUACCUUUUUGGAAAUUUGGAGAACGAAAUGAAUGAUUCUGAGUGCGGGAUGGCGAAGGAGUUCAUGUCGGCUUGGAUACGGUUUGCAAAUGGGCUUGCACCGUGGCAUUCGAAGGGGGAGAGAAAUUGGAUGGUUUGGGGGCCAGAGAGUAAAUUCGAGUUGAAGAAUGAGGCCGAGGACGAAGAUGUACGCGGGUAUGAGAGAAUCAAGAUGAUUUUGGGGCUUGGGAAUGGGACGGUGUGGAAGAAGUGGCUCGCUGGAGUCGACUCGUUAGUAGUAAGGCGCUGGAAAAUAGAAAUGUAG